AUGCACCACUUGGUAUUGCCUGUCAUCAAGGUCAUAAAGGAAUAGUUGAACUGCUACUGGAGUAUAAAGCUGAUGUCACUCUCACUAAUAAAAAAGGAUGUACACCACUUGCUAUGGCUUGUAUAGGCGGACAUAAAGAAAUAGUUGAACUGCUACUGAAUCAGGAUGGAGUUGAUGUCAAUGUCACUGAUGGUCUUAAAAAUACACCACUUGGUAAUGCCUGUUUAAGAGGACAUACAGAAAUAGUUGAACUGCUACUGAAUCAUGGUGUAGCUGAUAUCAAUAACACUAAUAUACAAGAACGUACACCACUUGGUAUGGCAUGUAUAGAAGGACAUGCAGAAAUAGUUAAACUACUACUGGAGUAUAAAGCUGAUGUCAAUGUGACUGAUAAAAAUGGACUUACACCACUUGGUAAUGCCAGUAUACCAGGACAUACAGAAAUAGUUAAACUACUACUGGAGCAUGGUGUGGAUAAUGUUGAUCACACUGAUAAGGAUGAUGAUACACCACUUGGUAUGGCUUGUGUAGGAGGACAUAAAGAAGUAGUUGAACUACUACUGAAGCAUGGAGCUAAUGUUAAUCACCUUAAUAAGCAAAAAUGUGCACCACUUGUCUUAGCCUGUAUAGGAGGGCAUGCAGAAAUAGUUGAACUGCUAAAGGAGAGUAGUAAAGUUGAUAUCAAUGUUACCGAUGAGCGAGAGAAUACACCACUUGUUGUGGCUUGUAUAGGAGGACGAAAAGAAGUAGUUGAAAUGUUAUUGAAGAAUGGAGCUAAAGUCAAUGAUCAAAAUCGUGCACCACUUUGUAUUGCCUGUGAAGAAGGACAUACAGAAAUAGUUAAACUACUACUGCAGCAUGGAGCUGAUAUCAAUGUCACUGAUAAUAAUGGAGUAAGAGAAAUAGUAUAUUGA